AGAGGCUCACCAGUGCGUGCAGCCAGAGGCUCCCGGUUGGGGCGCGCGGCUAGAGGCUCACCGGGGCGCGCGGCCAUGGGCUCGCGGCUGGGGCUCGCCGGGGCACGCGGCCAGAGGCUCGCCGUCAAGUUCGCUUCGAGUACUACUCUCUACGAGGCCGCGGCAAAGGCGUCGCAGGGCGGGGACGCCGUAAGGCCGGUGAGGCCGUGCGGCCGGGGGCGCGGGCUGCUACCCGCAAGGCGAGGACGCGCAGGCCAGUGGCAGCAUAGGACACGGCGGUGGAGGGCCUGGCCCUGGCGUCGGAUUAGAUCCUAGCCAACACGAGGGCCAAGCAGAUGGCAGUGCUAGCCGCUGAGCUUGGGCAGCUCAGGGAGAAGAUAUCCACGUUAGAAACCAAAUAAUUAUGUUUUAUGGAAAUUCUUAGAUGGAUUGUGCAAAAUUAUGGAAAGGAAAAGAAAGAACAACAGGAGGAUGGCAGAUCAAAGCAAGCAUCCAAUGAGAAAGCACAAUUUAGUAUUUGCUGGGAACAAGCAGUACCUGUCAUUUUCAUGUUCUCUGGGAUGUGAACAAAUUUGCAACUCAUAGUGGUUAAAAAAUUUAAGCAAGUUGCAGGUAAUUUUCAGCAGCUGUGAUCCCCUUAAUUUUUAGAUGAGUUAACUUGUUAAUUUCUUUUGAAGUAUCUCUGAGUGAGACUGCAAUUACUGUGCACUAAAUGAUGCUACUUGGAUGCCAAUUAAUAUGAUGACUUAAAUUUUCAUUCUCAAGUGUGGCUUUACUUUUUUCAUUUAAGAGUGACUUAAAUUUGGCAUGACUAUGUUUUCUCAAUCUGGUUGUGGUUCACUCGCAACCAUGAUUCUUCUUGAACUUGAUAUGUAUAUGAACAGGUAUGUUAAUCUAAACAAUUCAUAUUGAGUUGUUACUUCACUGUGCUUAGGAGUUAGUUGGAACUGAACACAGUAUUAUGUGAUUUAAUGGUUUAGUUGGUAGCUAUCUACUUCUAGAAUUGGUGUGAGAUGGAAGAUGAAGAAGCUAGAGAAGUGAUGGAACCUCUGCCACUAGCGAGUUUCAGGCAAAGAACACACAAGAUUUUGGCCAAACAAUGAGCAAGUACCAAAUAUAUAAGCAAUGCAGCCUUUUGGAGCAAGUACCAAACAUACAAGCUUGGAGCCUAUUGGAGAUAAAAUUUGCUAAAAGCCUAAAAUUGACUCCUUUUCAACAGGCAGAGCUAUUGUCAAAGCUGCAUACGAAAGCCUUAAAGAUAACUUGUAUUGGGCUAAGGUGCUUUACUGCUUUGUUUGUCAUGUAAGCACAGAACUAUUUUAUUUACAAAGUAGUGACAUGUAGAUUAUUCUAAUAUUCAUCAGUGUUCAAGACGUGAUCCUUUUGUAUCGGUCACUGAUUGAAGCUAAAAUUUACAGGUUGAUUAAUUUUCUUUUUGAUUUAUUUUGGAUGGUUUGGUUGAAAGAACAAUAUUUAUUCUUCAAAUUAGAGAUAAAAUUAUGUUUUGCUUAUUGUUUUUCUAUAACAGUAUUAUUGUAGACUCAUAUAUUUUAGUGUGACAAAAAUAUUUGGUUAUACAAUAUUGAAUCUUAAUGAGUUUUGUUUAAUGUUUCACCGUAGCGUUAGCACGGGCAUUAUACUAGUGAAUAUAAAGGUGUGUUUGGUUGGAGGACUCGAACCAUUCUAGAUAAGGUGGUGCAUCGUAUGUCUAUUUCUCAAUUUUAAUGAAAUAAUUUUGUUUAUCACACUAGUACUAAUUGUUACGAGCUUAUUUGGAACAGAGAAUUAUAAAAUUUAGGGACAAGGUGACCUGUGACCAUACAUCAACUCAUUUUAUUUUACAAAUAAAAUAAAAAUUGAGGAGUAAGAAGAUGAUAGUCUGUCACGGCAAAUUCUGUCGUCACCUCAUUCAAGGUCAAGGGUAUAUAUGUACAUCCCAGACCCAGAGAGCAGACGCCAGAGGGAGAGAAAGAGCCCUAGAGCAGGCACCAGGCAGCGAGCGGCCCAACUGGAACGCGCCGCGCCAUCCACCAUCACCACCACCACCCUCGCCCCUCUCUCCCGGGCGGCCCACGCCACGCGCAGCCAGACAGACAGAGCCACCUCACCCCACUCCGCCCUCCACUCCCGGUCUCCCGCUCCGUGCCGACGACACCCAAGGCCCGCCACGCCAGGAAAUCGAGCGCCCACCGAUGGCGGACGCGUCGCCGCUACUGCCGCCGGCGCCGGGGAAGUCACCGGCCACCGCGGCGCGGUUCGCGCGGUGCGCGUCGAGCGCGAACGACGAGCUCCGCAGCUUCCGCGCCUGCCUCGCCUGGCUGUGCGUCGACCACUCCUCCUCCCCGCGCGUCGCGGCCGUGGGCUCCUGGGCGGUCUUCCUCCUCCUCGCCGUCGCCGCGCCCGCGGCCGUCCGCCUCCUCCUCCUCCUCCCCCUCGUCGCCGACGACCCCCCGCCGCGGCCCUUCGACGGGCAGGUCCAGGUGUCGCUCACCCUGGCCGCGUCGCUCGCCUACGUCUCCCUCCGCGCGCUGCUCCACCGCGCGGGCGGGCUCCGCCGCCUGCUCUACCUCGACAGCCUCCGCCGCGACUCCGAGGACGUGCAGGCCGGGUACGCCGCGCAGCUGGCGCGCUCCUUCCGCGUCCUCGCCUGCUUCGUGCUCCCCUGCGCGCUCGCCGAGGCCGCCUACAAGGCCUACUGGUACCACGCCGCCGCCGCGUACGGCGGCGGCUCGCGCCGCCGCCGCUGGUGCUGGGCCGCCGCGGCCUGCGCCGUCGAGGUCGCCUCCUGGGUGUACCGCGUCGCGCUCUUCUUCAUGGUCUGCGUGCUCUUCCGCGUCAUCUGCUACCUGCAGAUCCUGCGGAUGGUCGGCUUCGCGCGCGAGUUCGGCAGGUUCGCCGACGUCGCCGCCGUGCUGCAGCACCACCGCCGGAUCAGGGAGCAGCUCAGAAAGAUCAGCCACCGGUACCGCAAGUUCAUCGUCUGCAGCCUCGUGCUCGUCUCCGCCAGCCAGUUCGCCGCGCUGCUCGCCACCACCAGGCCGCACGCCGUCGUCAAUCUCGCCACCGCCGGCGAGCUCGCGCUGUGCUCGAUGAGCCUGGUGGCGGGUCUGCUGAUGUGCCUGUACAGCGCGGCGAAGAUCACGCACAAGACGCAGGCGAUGACGAGCGUGGCGGCGGCGUGGCACGCGGACGCCACGGUGCACGCCUUCGACAACGACCAGGAGAACCCGGACCCGGACCUGCCGCCCACCGCGGGCUACUACCUGGCGCCCGCCAACGCCUACCGCGUGGCCGCCGGCGACGAGUCCGGCAGCGGCGGCGACGACGACGACGACAGCCGGAGCGAGUGCUCCUCGCUCGACGACCCAAAGUACGUGCCGUUCCAGGCCAACAACAUCAGCUUCCAGAAGAGGCAGGCGCUGGUGACGUACCUGGAGAACAACCGGGCGGGGAUCACGGUGUACGGCUUCGUGGUGGACCGGGCGUGGCUGCACGCGCUCUUCAUGAUCGAGUUCUCGCUCGUCAUGUGGCUGCUCGGCAAGACCGUCGGCAUCUCCUGAACCCCAUCUUUUUGCCUGCUCCUGCUGUCAGAUGCAGAGUUUUCACUGGAGGAAUGUACAAAUUGAGUGCAGAUAGAAGAUAUUCUGAUGCCUGAUGGAGAACAAAACAACUGCUUUACUUUGUAGGUUCAUUCGUUACUUUGUUAGCUGUCGAUAGUGAGCAUGUGAGAAGUUGUCCAGGUUUUUUUUUUUGACGAGUCCAUAGCCCCCCAUGAAUGACUCGAACCACUUGUCUUUUCACUACGUGUCCUCUAGUUUUUUUUUUUUGUGGUAAUUGUCACUUCAUCGACGCAAGUGAUACACGUACUGUGCUCUGGAAUGGAAUUUGUAAGGAAAACCAACUUGAUACACUGUGUUCCGCAAUGGCAGCAGAAAGGGAAACGAAA